GUUCAUUAUGUUAUAACAUCAUUUAAAAAUGUAAGUGGCAUCAACUUGUUUCGAAUCAGGGGUUUUAGCAUUAACAUCAUUGCCGUAUAAAUCACAUGCAAAUGGUGGUCUCAAAGUGUAAUUAUCCUGACACUCUUGGCCAAAUGGAAUCAAUUUAGAUAGUUCAAAUCCUAUAAUGGGAGAUAAGAAUUUAUGUGAUUCGGAUUCGGAUUCGGACAACAUUCUCAAAACCAAAAAUGCAGAUGGAUCCAACAGUCAAGAAACAUUUAAAACUUCUGUUUCCGUUCAAUCCAUUGGUUCUAAUGCAAGUUCCGGGAUUCACAUAAAUAAAACAUCAAUCUUAAAAAAAUCUCCGGAAAUACAUCGCAGUUUAUUUCUAAAGCCAGAUCUAGGUUUGGAGUCAUUUAAAAAUAAUGAUGCAUUUUGUAGUUCGUUUGACAGUUGGGAUAUGUUGGACAAACCAGAGGGAAAUUGUGAAAUAAGCUCCUUUCAUUCAUAUUCCAAAGAAUAUUCUCCAAAAGGAAAACAGAAAUUUGCUGGAAAUAAUAUUGACCAAAUAGAACCUUCAAGGAAAUUUUCAGAUUAUAAGAGAGAUAAACAACUGAAAUCCAAUCUAAGUGUCAGCAGUCUCUUUGAUAAUGAUAUCUGUGGUGUGGGGAGCAAAAGCACGCCUUAUCAUGAACAGCAGUUACUGGGAGUCAUAUGUAGAAUGAAAGCUGAAAAACAUCAACUUGAUAAAAAGCUAAUGGGCAUGAAAAUGCUGCAAACAAACCUACAAGAAGAGAAACAUGCACUUAGACAACGAUGUAAAAAACUUCAGAUGGAUGUAAUUAAUCAUGAUGCAAUGACUUUAAACAAAAACAUGUUUGAUGAUCUCUCUAAAAAAGCUAACUCUUCUAAAGAAGAGAUAAAAAUGUUGCGAAAUCAAAUUAGCAAAUACCGUCAGACUAUGUGCGAGCAACAAGAUUUCAUAUGUGAAAUGGUAGCCGAAAAAGACAAAAUUGUAGGAAAAGUCAACAAUUUAAAAGUGUGCCUGAGUACACUUAAUGAGUGGAAAAAUAGAACAUUUGAAGACAUGAAGAAAAUCAAGGAAAACAUAGAUAAAAUGUCAGAAAUGUAUACUGAUUUCAUUUCACAGUUGAAUAUUCAGAAAUCGGAGAAAUUAGCAUUAGACACAAAACUUAAAAAGAAAGAAAAAUGUAUUAAAAAAUUAAAAGAAGAAAAAGAAUCUAUGUUAAAUGCACAAACAGAACUGAAUAAUUCUUUACAACAGAAAAGCAACGAAAACAACAUGAAGGAUGAAAUUAUUAAAGAAAAUAAUGAUGUUAUUUCGCAACUGAAAACAAUAAAAUAUGAACUGGAACAAACGAUCUAUGCUGAAGCAUGUAGCAAAAGUGAAUUCGUAAACGAAACUAAAGGAAUAAUUUCCUCAUUAAAGAAUCAAAUUAAAUUAGAUGAAGAUCGAUUCGAAUCAGAAAUAAAACAGCUACGACAAGAAAGUGAAGAUCUUAAUGAAGAGUCAUUUGACUGUGGCCAUGCUGGAGCACCACCUUUAGUCGAGCAAAUCGACCCCAGGACUUAUUCUUUGUAAGCCUAGUACUUAUCGGUACAUAUAUACGACGGGCUUCUUUCAGUUUCCAUCUACCAAAUCCACUCACAAGGCUUUGGUCGGCCUGAGGCUACAGUAGAAGACAAUUGCCCAAAGUGCCACGCAGUGAGAAUGAACCCGGAACCAUGUGGUUCGUAAGCAAGUUACUUACCACACGGCCACUCCUACGCCUAUCAUUUUCAAUAUUUCUUCUAUCUAAGCCGGAUUUUUAUGAUAAUUUAAUUUCGUAAGCAAUCAUCAACGCAGAAAUAUCUUAUAAAAUAUUGAAUACUGAAUUCUUGGUUAUUCAGCACUAUACUAGUGUAGAGAAAUGAACUGUUGUAGAGAGUUGAUUCGAGCUAUGUAUAAUUUAGUGAUCCCAGUAGAUUAUAAAAUAAAAACUCUGA